AUGCAACGAAGCGAUCACGAGUUUUUCUAUUCAUUUGAUCUUGAUGAUGAUUCCAGGCUUUCAAAUGUUCUAUGGGUUCAUCCUCGUAGUCGAGCUGCUUACGAGGAAUUCAAUGAUGUUGUUAGUUUUGACACUACUUACCUUGUUAAUCAAUACAAGUUGCCAUUUGCCACCAUUGUUGGAGUAAAUCAUCAUGGGCAAUCUAUUUUAUUAGGAUGCGCCUUGAUCUCACAUGAAGAUGUAAACACUUUUAAGUGGUUGUUCAUGACGUGGCUUGAAGCAAUGGAAGAUGUUCAUCCUAAUUCUAUUCUUACAGAUCAAUGCGAGAGCAUGAGGAAAGCCAUUAGGGAGGUACCUGAGAAGUUUAAGGGUGUUACUGAUUAUGAUAGUGCAUGCCUUGAGUUUAAAGCUGUAAUAUAUGAUAGCUUAACCAUCGAGAUGUUUGAGAGAAAUUGGAAUGAGUUUGUGGUGAAGCAUGGGUUGGAAAGAAAUGAAUGGCUUUCCAAACUAUAUGUUGAUAGGGAGUAUUGGGUUCCAAUUUAUCUCAAUCACACAUUUUGGGCUGGAAUGGUUUCGACUCAAAGGAGUGAGAGCAUGCAUGCCUAUUUUGAUGGGUAUGUUAACUCAAUGAGCACACUAAAGCAAUUUGUGGAGCAGUAUGAGAUUGCUAUGUGUGACAAGAAUGAAAAGGAGUUCUAUGCUGAUUUCAAAUCAAAAAACACAGUUGUAAAUUGCAUAUCUGUUUUUAAAUGGGAACAACAGUUUCAAAAGGCAUUUACUAAUUCAAUAUUCAAGCUCGUUCAAGAGGAGAUUAAACGAAUGUGGUAUUGCCAUGUCAUUCAGCCAACUGAAGAGGGAAGGCGUGAAGCAGAUAAUGAGCCAGGAAUUGAGAGACAUAAAAUUAUGGAGAAAUCCAUAAUCAACAACUGGUUUCGUAGGGAGUUUGUUUAUGAUGUAGAGUACAGGGAAAAUGGCCAAUAUUUCAGCUGCAAUUGUAAGAAAUUCGAAUCAAAAGGAAUAUUGUGCUGCCAUAUCAUGAGGUUGAUGUCACUCAAAGACAUAAAGUUCAUCAACGAACGAUAUUUGCUUAGGCGAUGGAGAAAAGAUGUUAACCGUGUCCAUAGUAAAAGUUUUUUCACGGAGGGUACCCACAUAUGA